CUAGCUUUGACCUUGAUUUUGACAGUUGCAUUCAUAUUUAUUCUAACCUAUAAAAUGGUUUCACAUUUUUAUCGUAAAUAAUUGUAAACCUAUUUUAUUCUAAUAUUUAGCGAUAAGAAAAAUAUUAUUGACUUCUUGACAUGCUCGUUAUCAAAAUCCAGUUUUGUGUUUAACCUCUAAAAGUUUUCAAUUUUUUAAAUUAAAAUGGGUGGAAAAUAUACAAAAUUAGAUCCCAUGCAGGUUGAAGUACCAGAAAUCGAAGCUUUACUUAACAGAGAUUCUUAUUUGAGGCCCUACGAACGGGAAAUUAGGAGAAGAUAUGCUUGUUUCAAAGAUAUUGAAGAUUCAAUAGAAGAAAAUGGAGGUGGUUUGGAUAACUUCACAAAGGCCUACAAAUAUUAUGGCAUCAAUAUCCAACCUGACAAUACCAUAAUUUGCAGGGAAUGGGCUCCUGGGGCAAAACAGUUGUUUUUGGCUGGAGAUUUCAAUGGUUGGAAUAGAGACAGCCACCCUUACAAUAAAAUGGAAUAUGGCAAAUGGGAGUUAAUUUUACCACCUAAUGGAGAUGGAUCACCAGCAAUUCAGCAUUUAUCAGAAAUAAAGGUUGUAGUACAAAAUUGGGAAGGACACAAAGAAGAUAAAUUAUCUCCUUAUGCCACAUAUGUAGUUGAGCCUCCUAAACAUGAAGGAACAAUUUACAAGCAGAAAUUUUGGAAUCCCCCACAAACUGAGAGGUAUAUAUUCAAACACAAAAAAGUUACAAGACCCAAAAGUCUUAGAAUCUACGAGUGUCAUGUUGGAAUUGCUACUCAAGAACUCAAAGUUGGUACAUAUGAUAAUUUCACAGACAAUGUCCUUCCUAGGAUUGUCAAACAAGGCUACAAUUGCAUCCAAUUGAUGGCCAUUAUGGAACAUGCUUACUAUGCAAGUUUUGGAUAUCAGGUUACCAGUUUUUAUGCUGCCUCAAGUAGAUAUGGAACUCCAGAACAAUUAAAACGUUUGGUAGAUAGAGCUCAUGAACUUGGUCUUAUGGUCUUGUUAGAUAUUGUACAUUCACAUGCCAGUAAGAAUGUCAUGGAUGGUCUCAAUGGGUUUGAUGGAACUGAUGCAGGUUAUUUCCAUUCUGGCCCUAGAGGCACACAUUCCCUGUGGGAUUCCAGACUCUUUAACUAUUCAGAAUUCGAAGUAAUGCGUUUUCUUCUUUCGAACGUAAGAUGGUACAUGGAGGAAUACCAAUUCGAUGGUUUCCGUUUCGAUGGUGUAACUUCUAUGUUGUACCAUUCGAGAGGUGUUGGUCAAGGUUUCAGUGGUCACUAUGACGAUUACUUUGGUAUGGGAGUCGAUACCGAAGGGUUGGUGUACCUCAUGAUGGCGAAUCAUAUGAUUCACAAAUUGCACAAGGACGCUGUAACUAUUGCCGAAGACGUAUCUGGUAUGCCCGGUACGUGCCGGCCUGUGACUGAAGGCUGCAUGGGAUUUGAUUACAGAUUGGCUAUGGCUAUUCCAGAUAAAUGGAUCGAGCUGCUAAAACAUCAGACUGACGACAGUUGGGAAAUUGGCAACAUUGUACAUACUCUUACAAACAGACGUUGGAUGGAGGGCAAUAUUGCCUAUGCCGAAUCUCAUGAUCAAGCUUUAGUUGGAGAUAAAACUAUUGCUUUCUGGUUAAUGGACAAGGAAAUGUACACUCACAUGAGCACCUUAUCAGAGCCAUCUUUAAUAAUCGAUCGCGGUAUUGCUUUGCACAAGUUGAUCCGUUUUAUAACGCAUACUUUAGGCGGGGAAGGUUACCUCAAUUUCAUAGGCAACGAAUUCGGUCAUCCAGAAUGGUUGGACUUUCCCCGCGCCGGUAACAACAGUUCCUACCACUAUGCCAGAAGACAGUGGAAUCUCGUAGACAAUGAUAUUCUUAAGUACAAGUUUUUAAACAAUUGGGAUGCUGCUAUGAAUCACACGGAGAUGAAGUAUGGAUGGCUGGGUGAUAAUCCUGCUUAUGUCAGUAUGAAACAUGAUGGCGAUAAGGUGGUUGCAUUUGAAAGAGCCGGAGUUCUAUUCGUUUUCAAUUUUCAUCCGACGAAGAGUUUUGCGGAUUACAGGAUUGGCGUCGAAGUAGACGGCUCCUAUAAAAUUGUACUGUCUUCUGAUGAUCCUGAAUUUGGAGGGUUCGGAAGGAUAGAUAAAUCUGUUACUUUUGUCACGGUGCCUGAGGGAUAUAGUGGAAGAAGGAAUUAUGUGCAGGUGUAUAUACCAAGCAGAACAGCGAUAGCUUUAGCGAAAGUUUAAUUUCCAAAUCAACGUGGAGUGUAAUUAAAAAUAUAUUUAGUAAAAAGACAGUUUUAAGUCUCAAAAAAUAUUUUUUAAAAAGUAGGUCUAUUACUUUUUUUGUAGUUUUUGCAUCUAUUUAAGGAGCGUGCCAUAUUGGAAAUUGACUGAAAAUAUAAAUAAUGCAUAAAAUUGAUGUUAAUAUUAUUUAA